UUAAAGAUGAAGCAAGAAAUAUUUUUUCAAUUAUUUCUUUUAAUUUUAACUUCAAUUUUGGUUGAAAACAAGCAAAACAAGCAAUUAUUGAAGGAUAAAUCAAAUUUUAUUUUUUUAACAUUUUCUAAUGAUUCUGACAGUAAUUUGGAAGUAAAUCUGGUUUUGGGAGAGAAGGAUUUACAUAAAAAACAAUUAAUUUUAACAUCCAAACACCACAAAAGUGAAGCAGAAACCGGCAAAAUGACUGUAAAUUAUACAGUGAGAAAGGAAUCGUCUCCUAUAGGCCUUUUUGGCACCUCAAAUCUUUUUUCCUCAGCUGCGACUGAAUUGCCUUUGGUUAAAGCAAAAACUAUAAAAUUAUCUGAGAGUGUUGGAAAUGUUGAAUAUAAGAUUGAUGGAGUAACUCAAGGCUUUGUAAAAACACACCAUCUUUUCCCUAAGGGGCACAAAAAUUAUCAAAUGAGAGUUUGUAUUUUUGGCGAUUUUGCUCAGAAUUUAUAUGAGGAUGCUGAUCUGAAUCUUAGCGAUAUUAUAGAGAAAGAAAAUUGUCAAUUAGCUCUUUUUAUUGGUAAAAUCGCUUGGGAACGCCAAGUAAAAUCUCAACAACCGAGCUUUUCAUUUUCUCCAUAUGUAAUGUUACAUAGCAAAACUAAUCCUUUAAAAUAUUCUGCAUUCACCAAAGUUCCUUCAAUUUUUGGAAAAGUUGGUGGAGGUAUGACAGAAACAAAUGUUGCUUUUAUUCAAAUAACGGUAGAAAUAGCUACAGUAGCCGAUUUGCCUGAUGGAAGCAAAGCUUUUGAGAUGAUUGGGCAUUAUUUUAGAGAAACUAUGCUUAAUGAAUUGGAAUGUAAAUUACAGGAGCUACAUCAAAUAGAAAAACGUCCAUGGAUUGCUUUAUAUAUGACACAUCCCUUUUUGGUAAGCAAUGAUGAGAACAAGGUUCAGUGGUUUGUAAUGAAUGACACUCAUCGCUUCUUUGAUAUUUUAAAACGUUAUAAGGUCGAUUUGCUAACAAGCUGUGGAAUUGAGGGAAUGUCUAGAAUGUUGCAAGCUGCCCGUAAAAGAAUGCCAGACGCCAAACUACCAGAAUAUAUACAAACAACAAUGGCACAAUGUGGGGGAUAUCAAUCAGUAGAUGUUACUUUACAGAAUGAAUGUACAUUUGCUACGUUAAAUAUAUCACCCAAACAAAUUGAAUUUAAAAAGAAAUAUGCUGAAGGGAAAGAAGCGGGGAAAGUGGCUAUUGAAGGGAAAAUACAACGAACUUUCGAAGAAGCAGAUCGUUGUGUUCCGGACGAACUUUGAUAUUUUUAACGGAAAAACAUUUUCUUCUAUUUCUCUUUUUAAGAAGCUUUUCCUUCCUUACCUUUUUGCUUUAACUUUUUUUCCUUUUCUU